AUGGAUGAGGAUAGACUCAAACGAUUUUUGGUUGGGUUGCCAUCAGCUCUUUCAUUUAAAAAUACUUCAUUAGUAAAGGACUAUUUAUACAAAGCACUAUACUUUAUAUCGACAGACAAUGGUGAAUAUUUACUGCGAUUGUUUCCUGAUCUCCCGCUUAUUUCAAACUCAGCGCGAUCUGAGCUUGUCAAUUCAGAUUUCACAUUGGAAAACUUGGAUAUGCUCCCAUCGCUUCAAAAACCUGAGUCCAAAGAAUAUGCUCAUCCAAUCGACAAACCAUGUGCUAGACUAUUCAAGGCAGGCGAUCUGGUAUACAGAUGUGAGGAGUGCGGUUUCGACGACACGUGUGUCUUGUGCUCGUAUUGUUUUAAUGAACAAGACCACAUAGGUCAUUCAGUGCUGGUUUAUACAUCGAGUGGGACAUCUGGUGGGGUUUGUGACUGUGGAGAUCCCGAAGCGUUUGUCGCCACUUUGCACUGUAAAUGUUCUGCGAAAAAGGCAGCUAGCACAUCACAGCUGACCCCGGUUGAUGAACCAAAUUACGAAUUUUUGUAUCUGGUUGUAAAGGUUUGUCUCGAUUAUGUGUUAGACGUUACAAAUUCAAAUGUUGGCACGUUGCCAAUAAUUCAUGAACAUAUGAACAAGGGAUUACUCAGCUUCAACCCAAGAUCGUUGUCCAAUUACUUCUCCUUGCCAGGUGGAAAAUAUGGUGGUGCAAUUGAUGCAAACUCGAGCUAUUGGAACUUGAUAUUGUGGAAUGAUGAGUUUCAUGAUUUGGGCCAGGCAAUACAUGCUAUAAGGUUAGGACUCUCAUGCAACGAUAAUAAAGCAACUCAAAUUGCGAGAAAAAUUGACGAAGAGGGUUAUUGUGUUUUAAAGGGAGCAGAUACAUAUGAAGAGUUGAUGAAAUCAAAAGAGCUUGUCGAACGGGGUGGUUUAGUAUCCACAAUUGUUUCAACAAGAGAUCUUUUUCGCGAAGUAAUUGUGCGAGGAAUUUUCUUCUGGUUCAAUGAUAUUUUAGACUCCUAUGAUGAAGCCUUCAAGAUAAAAAGUCAAGAGGUAUUAACUCAGCUCCUUCUAGAUAAUGACUACAAAUUCGCAAAGGUUUUUCCGGAGGAGUUUCUUCGUGGUCUCACGAAUGGAAAUAUGGAUGAGUGCUACAAGAAUGGUAUCCCAAUUGAGGACAAGUUCGUUACCAGGUUCAAUUCAAACAAAGUAAGAUCUCCGAUCAGCGGGUUGGAUUUACGUGAGCGAUUAAUAUAUCUUCUAGCAGAACCUGAUUUGGAACUUCCACUCUCAAGAUUUCAGAUUCUCUUGAUAUAUCAAAUCAGAUUCCCCAAGCUCGUUCGAAAAAAGAUGGUUGCUAUAUUGUUGCCGCUCCUUGUCGCCAACAUUGAGUUGAAGGGGAAGUUUGCCAAGCAAUUCACCGAGAUAUACCCCAUGCUAUUAGCGAUUUGCGCAUACCUGGAUAGAGAAGACCAUUUAAACUUGAUAACUGAGAUAUCCUCUCAGCUUUACACAUGCCCAGUUACUGUGAAGAAGCUCCUAGAGUCAUCCCAUGUUAACUAUAUCAUCAACGGACUUGCCACAAUUAUAGAGGAAAGUUGUUCUGUUUGGGAUGAAGGAAUUGGGCACUGUAUAUUCAUAGACUCUGAUCAAGACACACAAAAAGAAAGAAGGUUAAAAACAGCUAUAUUUAGAGGUAUUCACGAUUUUGAGCACUUUUCAUCAGCAAACUUAGGACAACAGGCGUUACAAGCUUAUUUGCGCCCUAGAAAUUUCGUCUUUUUGGUUCUGUUUUUAAAGCUUUUCCACGACUUUUUACCAAUGACUAGGAAAUGUGGGGAUCAUGUGGAGCAAGAACUGAUGACGUUCAGGCUUCAUCCAGUCAUAUCGGCGCCCAUCUUGUCCUCGUUGAGAAAUAUAGCAGCAAGUCAAUCUGACCAUCCUAACUUGGACUGGGUAAUUCAAAAGCUCACAAAUUUUCUUGCUGGUGAAGAGAUGUAUCGAGUUGAAUGCGGCUUAGAUAACGUCAAGGUGAGUAAGCAUACCCACGCAUUUGUUCAUCCGUUGACAAGCUUCUUGUCGUAUCUAAUUCAGUUUAAUGGCUAUAAUGGUGUGUAUCCUUUGUUGGGGGACCAGAAUAGAGCGGUAACAAUGUUGUCUGAUGCUUCACUUAGAAGUAUUGUACUUGGGUCACAAAUCAAAAUUGGCUUUUGGAUUAGAAAUGGGGUUUCUGCAUCGCGCCAAGCAAGUAUGUACUUUGGGCCUGGAAUGUCCGACUUUACCUUUGCACGAGAUGUGCAUUUACAACAAGUUGCAUUGUUGAUUGGAAAUUCCGAAGAAAUGGUGAGAAACUUUUUAGCGAGAUGGGAGUUGAAAGACUGGUUUACCAACAAGGUGGAUUAUAAUGCUACGGUAUACGAGGAGCGAUUCUUUUCGAUAGUCGAAAGGUUUGUUGGCUUUGUGUACAAGUUGCUUACUGAUAGAUCCAUGUUUAGCCAAUUGUCAACCAAGGACAUGGAGCUAGAGGAAACAAAGAAAUUCUUGGCUUAUUAUUUGUGUGAGAAAGCUAGAAAUUAUACCACAUUGAGGUCAAAAGUGGACUUUAAUAUUUGUGAUUUGCCGGAAUUUGACGAAAUUUUGUACGACAUUGCUGAUUACCAGCCGCCGUCAGCGUUGCUCGAUACGGGACUAUACAGACUUAAGGAUUCGGUUUACUCGCAGCUAGAUCCUAUGGGACUAUUUUUAGAUCCAUCAAAGUUUCAGGUGUUGUACGAUGUAUUGACGAAAAAGUUGUCAAAAACAACAAAUGUUACAGAGGAAGAAGUCAUAUUGUCACCCCAUAUUUCCCUUUCUGGAAAUCCUACCAUGGAUAAUGAAUUGGGUGCGUUUUUGAAAACCACAUUGUUUGUUAAAGUCAUACACAAGCUUUUAAGAGUGGCUGUUGAUUCGGGAAAUGAAUCCUAUCUCCCACAGCUAUUGCACUUGAUACAUGCUAUAAUGUUGGAUGACGAACGUAUUCAUGGAAAGGACUACUUGUGCCAACUGUUUAUCGAUAUACCUAUCUGUGACUUGUUGUUGACCAUAGUGGAAUCCAAUAUGUCCAAGACUGUUAUACGUAAAGCCGAUUACUUAGUGGAACAGCUUCUAGUCAAGGACCCAAGAAUCCUUGAAAACUUGGUAAGUUGUUUCGGAGAAGAUUAUGUACAAUCAUUUAAAAAACGCAAGACGCAAUUAUUUGAAUCCAAAGCUGAGAGAGAAAAAAGAGUGUCGGAAGAAAGAAAGAUGAAAAUUAUGAAGAAAUUUUCAAAAAGGCAAGCAAAGUUUUUGAAGAAGAAUAAAAAAUUGAAUGAAGAGCAUGAUGAGCAAGCAGAACAAGAAGGAGGCGAUGCGAGGGUGUGUGUCAUUUGCGGAGAAAAGGAGUCUGCUGGUCAAGCGUUUGGAACUUUCCUAAUUGCCACAGAGGCUCCGUUAUUUUGGAAGGUCGGUAAUCUCUUCGAACCUAAUCUCUCAAGAACUUGGUCUGAAGAUUUGUAUGCAUAUUCGAAUAAGUCUGAAUUUGGCCAAGGAUAUAAUAUUUACUCAAAGUGGACUGAAUUCCAAAGACCUGUUUUCUCAUCUUGUGGUCACGGGAUUCAUCAUGAAUGUUUUAAAAGGGGAGCUGGAAAUAUUAAGUACUACCCAUGCCCCUUGUGCCGCACCUAUCAUGAUGCCUUUAUGCCUUUUGUGGCACACGAGCCUUUGGAAACUUCGGGAUUGCACCAUAUUGUGUUUGAUAAUUCCCGCUUGCUGGUGCUUGACAGCCCGAGCCAGAGAAAGAUGGAUGUCUUACGACACUUAUUUGUGCCCAAAGAUCAUGGAAUCGAGUACCAACAUUUUACUGAACUGAAGAGCAGGUAUGAAAACAAUUAUGACCAUUGGAUCUUGAAUAUGGGUAGUACCAUACAAAUGAGUGAAAUUGGUACUCGGUUAAAUGGUAGAUCUGGAUACUCUGACUUCUUGAGCCAGAUUCCCCAUGGUACAAAGACCUUGUUCAAAGCUUUGAUUCAGGGCCAAGUGAUGAUGGCUGAUCUUUGUGAUCCAUGGGACAGAGAGACGUGGAAACAUAGAAAAGAGUCUCUUUCAAGACUGGGAGAAGAGCCCAACUUCCAAAAUGGAGUAUUUAGUGAAACUUUGGUUCUGUUCUUCACUUCUGAGCAGUCGCUAGCCGUUUUAGCUAGAAAGGGGGUAUCAAGAAUUAUUGGGAAAUUGAUGGCUCGUACUAAAAUUGACUUAGUUGAGGACAUCGAUUCUGAGACACUUCAGAAAAAGAAUGCAUCUUCGUCCGGGUUUGAAAGUUUUGCUCAGAUUUGGUCAAACUUAGGUUUACCACUGAUUUUUGAACAAUAUGGACGUCACAUUUUUGAAAUCACACAACAAAUUGUGGGUGUGUACUUGAGGCAGGUGGUUAUUUUUCAACACAUUUUACUAAGCCAAUGUGGUGGUUCGUAUACUAUUGAUGGUGAGGCAUAUUCUCAAAUGGCUGACGAGAUUGAAAAUCAACCAAACAUUGUUGGGGUCGACCCAUUGACCAAAGUGUUGCAAAUACCUUCCCUUGAAGAGAUUUUUGCUCGUAUACAAACGCCAGAAACACUCGAGCAUAAAGAAUACGAGAUAGCAUUCGACACAAAUCACACUGGCUCUGCUGAUCAAUUUCUUGCCCUUGAUUUUCCUGGACAGAUUCAUUUAUGUACUUUGCCAGAGGAUUACCAAGGCGGAUUAUUACAAUUAUCCCAAAAGAAUGUAUUGCGCAAAUGCAUCUGUAUGUUUUGUGGUCAAUGGCUAAACAAACGUGAUCAACAUAGUCACAUGAAAAUAUGCUCCAGAUUUGGAAUAAUUUUUGACCCAGAGAAAAACCUCUUGCGAAUCAGCAUCCUCGUGGGUGAAAACUCACUUUUGCUUGAAAUUCCAGGUCCUUAUGUGACAAAGCACGGGGAACCAAAGGGAGUAAGAACCAAAGGUAAAGCUACAUUAAAUGAAAGAAAAUUCAAAGAAUUGAAUAGACUUUGGAUAAACCAGGGCCUAUAUAGCCAUGUGUCGAGACCAUUGUUUGGACACACCCCCAACAUGGUAAUGCCAAAUUUUGGGUUCCUUGCUGGUGCUGGAAAUGGUAUGGACCUAGAUGACGAAGAAGUCUGGGAUGCUGUUGAUGAUGACGAGGAUGAUCAAGAGUUUAUGUUCACGUAA